AUGUAUAUAAAUGAUAUCAAGGACGAAAGACACCCCUCCACAAGGACGAAACACACCCCUCCACAAGGACAAAACACACCCCUCCACAAGGACGAAACACACUCCUCCACAAGGACGAAACGCACCCCUCCACAAGGACGAAACACAUUCCUCCACAAGGACGAAACACAUUCCUCACAAGGACGAAACAUACUCCUCCUCCAGGACGAAACACACCUUACAAGGACGAAACACGCACCUCCACAAGGACGAAACACACCUCACAAAGACGAAGCACCCCUCCACAAUGACGAAGCACACCCCUUCACAAAGACGAAACACACCCUUUCACAAGGACAAAACACAUCAUUCCACAAGGACGAAACACACCCUUCCACAAGGACGAACACACACCCUUCCACAAGGACGAAACACGCCCCUCCACAAGGACAAAGCACACCCCUCCACAAGGACAAAACACACCCCUCCACAAGGACGAAACACACCCCUCCACAAGGAACGAAACACCCUUCCAUAAGGACGAAGCACACCCUUCCACAAGGACGAAACACACCCCUCCACAAGGACGAAGCACACCCCUCCAUAAGGACGAAACACACCCUUCCACAAGGACGAAACACACCCUUCCACAAGGACAAAACACAUCAUUCCACAAGGACGAAAUACACCCCUCCACAACGAACGAAACACACCCUUACACAAGGACGAAGCACACCCUUCCACAAGGACGAAACACGCCCUUCCACAAGGAAGUGA